GGACAUUCUUGUAUGAAAAAGAUAGUGAUGGUCUAGCUGUGAAGGCACCUGUGAAAAUGCAGAGUUUCCCCUUCAUACCCGUGCUGUUGUCAGAAACCACAUCUAUUACACACACUCCUACUACAACUACUCCCACCACCACGCCACCAAUCCAACCCCCAUUGGUGUGCCUCAAUGAUGGUCUGCUGCAAAAUGGAGUCUGCAUCUGCCCAGAUGAGUGGACUGGUGUCGCCUGCUCUAUUGCAAACUUCUGUAAUAAGACUAUUUUGGAAGGCUUUGAGUUCCAACAAACUGUAAUUGGUUGGCCUGCCUACUCCUCAGAGACGUGUCCAUCAAAUACAACCAAUGCUGGUAUUUCCAUAGCUUCAACUAGAUGCUUGGACAAGGGUGGACUGCCAGCAUUUGACCGCAUUCAGAAAAUUGAAUGCCAAAUAACCCUUGAAAAUAUCCAAGUCAAUGUGACUGGUUCUUUGGAUGCAGUGGAAACAGAGAAGCUAGCAAGCAGUACACAGAUCCUGACCUCCAGGCCAGAACGGCUGACGGCCUCAAACAUUACGUCUGCAGCACAAAUUGUAAACACCAUCCUGUCCAACAGUGUCAACAUAACAGAGGGGACAGCUGUGGCUGCUGUGACAACAAUUAGUCAGUUACUAACUGCUGAUCCUAAAAAAUUUCCUAAACAAAGCAAUGCCACUGUAAGGCUAACACAAAACCUGGAAAAAUUUUCAGCAAAUCCAAAUAAUAAUUUCUCAUUGGUGGUUCAGCCCAGACUAGUAGUUCAGACUACUCGGGUGCAAAGUGCCCAGACAGCAGGCAUUCAGUUCAGUGCACUCUCAGGCACAUCAAAUAACUUCACAACUAACAGAAUACAACUCAAGACCAACAUGUCAGAAAUGUCAGAUACUGAAAUUCCCUCUGAUGUCCAGAUUUUCAUCAGACUUCCAGAUCAGUUACAUAAGAAUUCAAACAUCAACGUUGGUUUUGUGCUCUAUGAGAAUGACCUCCUCUUCAGGUCAAGAGCCUUUCAGCCUUCACUUAACUCCAGAAGGAUGGUGAUCUCUGGAACUUUAGGGUAUUUUAAAGCCGAACAUGUGACCUUGCGGUUCCUACCCAUGAAUGUGUCCAAUAAGUCCCUGCAUGACUUUGCCUGUGUGUUCUGGGACUACAGCCUAAAUGACUGGAGCACUGUAGGAUGCUCCAAAGCCAACCUCUCGACGGGCUCUCUCCAGUGUACCUGUAACCACACCACUAACUUUGCUGUUCUGAUGUCUUUUAGGGAGGACCAUAAAUAUGCUGAGACACUGAGUGUGAUCAGUAUGGUGGGGUGCUCUUUGUCAAUACUGGGGCUGAUAUUAACUGUGAUUUUCCAGAUUAUUACCAGGAAGUCCAGGAAGAGCGCUCCCACAAUCCUCCUGGUUAACAUCUGUGUGUGCAUGACCAUGUUCUACUUCCUCUUCCUGUUUGGAAUUGAGAACCCCAACAGCAGCUUGAAGAGGGACUCCAGUGUGUCAGAGAAAAACGUCAUCCCGCCCUCUGACCUCCAUCAGGAUCCUGACAGAGGGCCCUGCACUGCCCUCACAGCCCUGAUGCAGUACUUCCUGUUAGCCACAUUCACCUGGAACACCCUCUACGCAGUGCACAUAUUCUUUCUCAUAAAAAAAACCCUAUCACGCCCACCAAGCAGAGUCCUCCUGGUUUCCUUAGUAACAGGAUGGGGACUUCCUGCUGUUGUGGUUGCAAUCUCAUUGGGAGUGGCCUACAGGGUGGAUAAUCCUUUGGGCUAUAGACGGGAAGAGUUCUGUUGGCUUGAGGCUCUGAAUCAAGAUGGGAAGUUUGACUUUGGAAAGCCAAUGUUUUGGGGCUUUUUGCUUCCAGUAGCUGUAAUGCUACUUUUGAAUACAGCAGUGCUGAUAUACUUCGGAUUUGCAACAUGCAAGAAGGAUCCCCUGUUAAACAGCACUGCAAACACUUCAAUGAAGAAGACGUUCCUGAGCAGCUUCUCUCUGGGGGUUCUGCUGGGCCUUACUUGGGUUCUGGGCUAUCUGGUUCUCUCUACAGAGGGCACCACAAGUUACGUCUUCAGCAUCUUAUUCUGUGUGUGCAAUACCACCCAGGGAUUACAGAUAUUCAUUUUAUUCACGGUGAGGACAGCCUCCUUCAGGAAAACAUUCCGCUCUGUCACAAGCUCCAUGUCUCUUCCUGAGAUGGCACUUCACAGAGAGAAGUACACUCUGUGGAAAAAGAGUGGUUCACAGGAGUUGUCAAGGAGUACAGAUGCAGACCAGUCUGUAGGGACUUUCUUACAGGCCGAUACAUACGUCUAAUCCUUGUGCAUCUAUGAAGAGAGUGGAAGAUUUGGACACCACCUUAAGAAAAUAAGACUCAGUCUGAUGACAGAUAGUGAUUUUAAGAGUUUAAAGGCAUCCUAUGCUUGUUUUUUUUACCUUAAUAACAGCUUUGUCAUUUUGAUGGCAAACUAACUUGUAAUAGGGAGAAUGGCACGCCUAGCCAGCCUGGCAACUUCUCUCUCCCCCGACCUGGAGAAUCACAAAUGGCUUUACGGCAAUUGUGCAGUACUAUUUGUAUGACAUCUUGUAAUAUUACCAUGACGCUUCACAGAUUAUCUUUGCCAGUUUGUAAAUAAAUCCACAUGUUUCAAGGUGAAGGGUAUAAGGGGUAUUUACAACAGUAACAACUGCAUCGGACACCUUUAAGAAGGCAUUGUAAAUGCUCUUGAAGUUUGUAUUUUUUGUUUCCAUUGCCAUCAUCAUGACUUUGGUUGUAGGGAUACAGAAGAGAAAUAUUGUGCAUGAGCUGUAAAUGCCUUGUGACACUAUAGGAUUGACAUGUUGGUAAAGUUAGCUGGGUGUUAAGUAAAGUUUGUUGUUAGGAUUACUUAUUCUACAACUAUUCCAGUUAUAUUAAAGCAACAGAAUGCAGAUCUUUCAAACUCAUUUUGGUGUUUCAAAGACUUACAAUAAGGAAAUGUUGUUGAUCGGGACACUUUUAGUCAGUUUUCGACAAACUGGGUACCGUCUUAGUGCUAAUCAGCAUUAAAUAUUGAUGCCAAGGGGCAUAGAUAUCAAUUAUUCUAUGGUGUUGCAUUAAGACAGUAUACAUUUAAAGAUCAUUUUGUAUCACCUUAGAUUAAGACCAACUAGUGGCUUAUUUAGGAAUUAUCAUGAAUAAAUGACCUGUUAUUCAAUGAAAAUAAGAAAUCGUUGAAUAAAGACCUAAUAAAUGUG